CUUGGAUGUCCAACCUGCUCCUGGGCAAGGCAGAGCCAGGCAGCAAGAGAAGCAGGCAAGAGGCUACCCCAAGGCAGCAGGGCAGGAUGUGGGCUUACACUGUGGGCUUCACUCUCCUGCCUCACCUGGGAGGCUUCCUCGGUUGGUUCCUUAGCCGCAGAGAAAUCCCUGCCUGGUCCGAGAGGCUGAAGAAGCCUUCCUGGUGCCCUCCCCCCAGGAUCUUCCUUUUAGCCUGGACUGUCCUCUACACUGGCAUGGGCUAUGCCUCCUACCUGAUCUGGAACGACCUGGGAGGCUGUGGCAGCAAAGCCAUUGUCCCUCUUGGCCUCUAUGGGGCUCAGCUGGCCUUGAACUGGGCCUGGCCUCCCUUGUUCUUCAGAGCACGCAGCCUGAAGCUGAGGCCAGAACUUAAUACCCCUAGAGCCAAGAAGAUGGCAGAGAAGCAGGAGGAGCCCAGCAACACCCAGAACGGGGAACCAGACAACACUGAGGAGGGUGAGGAGAAGAAGAAGAAGAAGGUGAAGAGGGAAGAUCUGCCUCCAUUUGAGAUUGUAACAGGGGAGCGCCUCCCAGCCAUCUUCUUCAAGUUCCAGUUCAGGAACGUGGAGUACAGCUCGGGCAGGAACAAAACCUUCCUGUGCUACGUGCUAGAGACGCAGGGCAAGGAGGCAGCCACCUCCCGAGGCUACCUGGAGGACGAGCACGCUGCUGCCCACGCAGAGAUGGCUUUCUUCAACACCAUCCUGCCCAGCCCUGAUGCCAGCCUGCGCUACAGCCUCACCUGGUAUGUGUCCUCCAGCCCCUGUGUGGCCUGCGCCGACCGCAUCAGCGAGACCCUGCGGCGCCACAGCAACCUGCGCCUCACCAUCAUGGUGGGCAGGCUCUUCAUGUGGGAGGAGCCGGAGAUGCAGGCAGCCCUCAAGAGGAUGAAGGCAGCUGGCUGCAAGCUGAGGAUUAUGAAGCCUCAAGACUUUGAGUAUGUCUGGCAGAACUUUGUGGAGCAGGAGGAAGGGGAGGAAGCCAAAGCCUUUGUGCCCUGGGAGGACAUCCAGGAGAACUUCAACUACUACGAGGAGAAGCUGGCGGAGAUCCUGCAGUGAGGCUCACGACCACUUCAGAGCUGAUCUCUGAAGAGAUUAACAGCCUCACUCCCCUGGGGCACUCCUGCUUCCCAAAGCCCUCAUUUCAGCAGGAGGCAAUAACCAACUUCUGGAAGACUAAGCCCUGCUGGCCUGCAAAUACAUGGACAGCACAGACCUGUGUCCUUUGGGAUUGUUUUGGUUUCUUUUGUUCCUCCCCUGCCCCAAACCAACCCCUGCUGCCUCUGCUGAUGGGAAGAAAGAUCACAGAUGAUGGAAGUGGUCCCUGCAUUGCCCAGCUCUGAUCAUAGCACCACAGAGGUUGGAAGGGACCUCAGAACUCAUGUCCUCCAACCCCCUGCCAUGGGCAGGGACACCUCCCACCAGCCCAGGUUGCAGCUCAAGGCCUCAUCCAGCCUGGCCUUGAACACCCCCAGGGAGAAGGCAGCCACAGCCUCCCUGGGAAGCCUGUGCCAGAGCCUCCCCACCCUGGACUGAAGAAUUCUCCCCCAGCUCCAGUCUGACCCUGUUCUCCCUCACCUUCACACCAUCCCCCCGGCCUGUUGGCACCAUGCUGUGUGGCUAAAGUCCUGAAGGAGCUGGAUUGCAGUGGUCUGCAGGGAGGGCUGAAGGCCUCACCUGCUGGCACUAUUGGAUGGGGAAGGGCUUUAGAAGAGAGCUGCCAACUAGCUGAGUGCAGUUAGAAAGUACAGGCUGCAGAAAUGGGGAAAAGAAAGAGAUUUUGGAUGAUGAAAACAAAAAACCCAAAGUUUUUCUUCCUCCAUCCUCCUCAAUGCUCAGAGCUGUGAUUCAAAUUGGGGCUAACUUCUCUGUUCUAAAUCAUGAUGGGAGCCUUAAGUACUUGAUUUCAAAGACAUCAAACACCCUCUUCCCCUGAUCAGUGAUGUUUGUGAUGGAAAACUGAGAAAAGCAAAGUGGAAUAAAAU